CAGUCCUUCAAGCAAACAUUCUCGUUCUUUCUGCCACUAUCUUUAGCGAGACGUGUGCGAUCAACUGAAGCCGUCAUUCGUUGCCUCUACUUACCCUCCGACCCUCAUCCGUUCGCUACCGUACCCCGUAUCACGCACGUAUUGACUGCUGCGCUGGUCGCCCCGUAGAACCAAGUACUCCGCUUCCGUACACAAUCCGACAUUGACGUCGCGCUCCUCCUCCUCUACACAUUGUCUCGAGCUCGAUUGCCUUGUACGCCGAGCUCGAAAUACCCGAGUCUUGGUGCACGGCACAAUGACUGGCGUUCAUGGCGCAGAUCAAGAAAAACUGGAAAAAAUCACAGACCAAACCCUUGACCGCCGUUCGCACAAUGAGACACCUUCCCAGAAGACGGGAUGGCCUCGAUGGCAACGGAAGGGCAAACAGAGGAGCACCACAGCAGCGGCAUGUUCAUGGGUUGUCGACCACCAGAUCAGCAUAUCGCUAAACCUCGUAUCGAUGCUCUUCUUCAUACACUUUUUCUUCCCUGCCGCACGACACCACACACAGAAGUUCUUCUGCAUCUCCUACUACAACCCCAACACCGGAACCUUCGCCUUGGGCUGGGACGACAUAUUCUUCGUCUUCUAUUGGCUCAUAGUCUUUACCGGUCUACGUUGUGCCAUCAUGGAUUAUGUCCUGACACCGCUGGCCUCGUUGUUGGGCCUCAAAAAGAAGAAGCCAAAGGUCCGAUUUGCAGAACAAGCCUGGCUCGUGCUCUAUUCCAGUACGUCCUGGAGUGUGGGCAUGUAUGUCAUGUACAACUCCGACUACUGGCUUGAUCUGAGAGCACUAUGGCGAAACUGGCCGAUCCGCGAGAUGGACGGCCUAGCAAAAUGGUACUACCUCGUCCAAUUCGGAUUCUGGCUGCAGCAGAUUGUCGUGGUCAAUAUCGAAGAGCGGCGGAAAGACCACUGGCAAAUGUUCAUCCAUCAUAUUGUCACUUGUGCAUUGAUUUUCACCUCCUACGGGUACCACCAAUACCGAGUUGGCACGCUCAUCCUCUGUCUGAUGGACAUCGUUGACAUCCAGCUCUCAUUCGCCAAAAUCCUCAAAUACCUUCAUUUCGAAACCGUAUGUGACGUCGCAUUUGGCACUUUCAUGGUCUUGUGGCUGGUCAACCGACACAUUUUGUAUUUGUGGGUGUGCUGGAGCAUCUACGCACAUAUACCCGAGGAGAUCCAGUACGGAUGCUACAAGGGCAGCGUGGAGGACUUGCAAGGGCCAUAUCCCACGCCGAACGACUGGGAUCAUCUCACUCAGCCAUUCCGGGACCCCGUUGGGCUUGUAUGUUGGAACAACAAUAUCAAGUGGACGUUCUUGGGCAUGCUGCUUGCUCUUCAGUGCCUUAUGAUCUUGUGGUUCGUCUUGAUCUGCAAAGUCGCCUACAAGGUCGUCACGGGACAAGGUGCGGAGGACAACCGGUCCGACGAUGAGGACGAGGGAGACGAUGAAGAGGAGGAUAUCGAGGAUGAGAAGACCACAUUUAACGGGAUCGGUCAAAUUCAACUCUGCCACGAGCCUAGACCGUACCUGGAGAGCGAGGUGUUGAGCACGGAUCCGAACUUUUCUCUCUCGGGACAGACCAAGUCGAAAUCAAAGUCCAAGGGCUCGAAUUCGCCUGUACGGAAAACAAGUUCGGAAGCGAUUUCAGGCCGGAGGAAGGCCAAGCACGAGGCCGGUCAUUCUUCAAGCGUCAAUCUGCUCGCGGGAAGCAGUGACCGCAAGGAACUCCUUGGACGGAUUGGGUGCGAUAAGGGCUCGCCCUCGGAUUGAGACUCUGGGAUUCUGGGAGGGAUGGGUUACAAACGUUGCUGACGUUCCCGUCCCAGUUCCGUGCUCUGGCAUUCAGGAACGAUAUCCUUAGUGGCAUGAUGACGAAAGAUAGACGAACGAAUGAAUGACUGGAUCAAAAAACAAUCAGACUGGUGCGAAUCAAUUUCUAUGCUCUUGUUCGUCCGGUUUGAGGCUACCAGGUAUACAGAUGCCCGAGGCAGAGCGUAGGGACUUCCAAGCGAUGACCAGCGGAAAGCAUUAGAGAUCUCAUGGUGACCGAGAGGAAGACGCAACCAAUCGAGGAGAACCUGGAAGAAUUCCCUUUGGUGUUCAUCAAUCUACGGAACCCCCGUGGUGACUCUAUGUUAAGUACAAGCCAGAACCCCAAGAAACACAGGACGAGAAGCAUCCUCUAUGAGUUCCUGCGAUUAGAUUUACAAGUACAACCCUUCCGGCUCACCCUCACUCUUCGUCUUCAUCACACUCUCCCUCGCACUCCUGAAGUCGG